AUGGUCAUUAGUGACCAAUGGUCUUCUUAUAAGGAAGAUGAUGUUGCAAAGGCUAAAUUUGUGAAAGAUACUUUGUUGGAUGAUAAAUGGUGGGAUAAGGUUGAUUAUAUUCUUUCUUUCACUAGCCCUAUCUAUGAUGUUCUUAGAAGAAUGGAUACAGAAGCUUCAUCUCUCCAUCUGGUAUAUGAGAUGUGGGAUUCAAUGAUUGAAAAGGUGAAGAAUGCCAUAUAUCAAUAUGAGAGAAAGGAGAAGAGUGAAGGAUCAACCUUUUAUGAGGUAGUGCACUCCAUAUUAAUUGACCGUUGGACUAAGAGUAGCACUCAUCUCCAUUGUUUAGCUCAUUCUUUAAAUCCUAGAUAUUAUAGUCAUGAAUGGUUAAGUGAAGAUUCUAAUCGAGUUCCUCCACAUCAAGACAUGGAACUCACUCGUGAAAGAUUAAAAUGCUUCAAGAGGUUCUUUCUUGAUGUGGAUGUAAGGAGGAAAGUGAAUAUUGAGUUUGCCAACUUCUCGGAUGGAAGAGAAGGUUUUGAUGAUCUUGAUUCUUUAAAUGAUAGAGGUCAAAUGGAUCCAAAAGCUUGGUGGCUAGUUCAUGGCAUUAAUGCUCCAAUACUUCAAAAGAUUGCCCUUAAGCUACUUGCACAACCUUUUUCAUCUUCUUGUUGUGAAAGGAAUUGGAGUACAUAUUCAUUUAUCCAUUCUUUAAAGAGAAACAAGAUGACACCACAUAGAGCUGAAGAUUUAGUAUUUGUUCAUAGCAACCUACGACUUCUCUCAAGGAAUACUCCACAAUAUCAUCAAGAGGAAACUAAAAUGUGGGAUGUAGCUGGAGAUGAUUUUGGGUCACUUGAUGAUUGUGGUAUUCUUGAAAUUGCUAGUUUGUCUUUAGAUGAACCAGAGUUAGAGGGUGUCUUUUUCAAUGAUGAUUGCUAGUUUGUGGAAUUCUUGAAGACUUGAAGUUGCUAAUUCAUCAUCUUGCUUUAUAAUUUUUUUUGUAAAAAAACAAAGCGUACAAAUUGUAUAAUGA